AGAGAGAGAGAGAGAGAGAGAGAGAAGGAAGGAGGGAGAGGGAGAGGUAGCAGCGAGAGCGAGGGUGUCAAGGGAACCCGCUGCUGGCUCUGAGUAAAUCGCCGUGUUGCGAAAGCAUGAUUCUCUGUUCCAAACGCUCUCGCGCCGGGUGCAUGUACCGCCCAAUCUUACAGUGCCUCAUCGUCAAUUUUGUGUUAACCUUUCUUGUGUAUUUUUUUGCGGGAUUUUUCGGAAACACAAAACGCGUCUCAUCAUCCUGGAAUAUCGAGUAGAUGAAAAUAAAAAAAAACGAAAUUUUCCCCACUGUCACUGGCGAGGUCUUCAGCUUCAUGCAAUCGCAUUCGGUCGCUGGUUCGUGGAGUACGGAGAUAGCCCUCACUUCAUGCGAGUACUGCAACGUUUGUGACAGUCUUUGCAAAGCGACCAGUGGUUGGUCUACCUGCGCUCCAAGGCUCUACUGUGAACAUAUGUUUUACUCGUGUUGGCAUAAUGUGUAUGGAGACCAAAAGGGCUGCGAAGACCGAAUCCCUAUCCACAUGAAGGGAGGCAGGUCCUUGAUGACAACACACCCUCAUUUAGUAUCCACAGUGUACCCAGAUCAAGCCACAGCAGCAUCCUGCACGCACAGCUACAGAAAACCGCAUGCUGCAUCCUGUAAUUAUCAGGGGAUCACUUGUACACAGAUGCCUGCAAGCAUAAAUGUGAUUGAUCCAAAGCUUCAGAAUGCUCCGCUGGAAUUAAAAGAAUUCUUGACAUGUUUGUUAUGUCGGUUUGGUGGCAGAGCAUUUCCUUUCGACCAGGCCUUCGCUCGCAAGCACAGCCAGUCUCCCAAGCAACCAUAUCCUCUAAGGAGCAGUAUCCUCGGGCAUUUUAGGGGUGACAUUGCCGUGAGGAAAUCCAUUUAG